AUGGCCGGAACCAUUCGGCGCAAGUACACAAGCUUCGCUCCUUUGAUCGUGAAUGAAAAAUCAAAAUGGUGAGUAAAAAUUUGCAUUUAUUUGCAUACAAUACAUAGAUGGAAAAUGUUGAAUUGAUCAUUCCCACAAUUUGCAUAGGAAAGCCACUGUGAUUGUAAAAGUUCUUGCAGUGUAAAAAGGAAAGAGAAUGGAACUCGAGGUUGUCGUUGCAAAGGGCGAAAUGUCGAAUGUUCGGAUAAAUGCCGGUGUGGUACUCGCGAUAAACCUUGCAAGAAUAGAGUAAGUAUGUCAAUAUAUUAAUUUAAACAUUAAAAUGAUAAAUCGAAAGCAUGAAUUUAACAAUUGCUUUUAUGAUUUUCGUCUAGGCAAUGACAGAAAACAUGGGAAGGGAAAGAGACAACAGGAGUGAAAAAGCUACGGAUACUCGUGCAAAACAAGGCAAAGAAAAAGGCUUUCGUCUUAGUUCUAAACCAACCGAGUCAGAGGAGACACAGAGGGAAAAGGAGCACAAAGAUGUCAAGGUAUAGCGCAUACUUGAAUUUGUUGAAUACGUUUUAAAUGAAGCCCUUUUUGCAUGUUUGGUAAACUUUGUUUACGUUUUUGGCAGGCAAAAACUACCUAGAAUGUAUUGUAUUGUAUUCUUACUCUGCUAAUGCAGCAUUGCUCUCGUUCGUGCUUAUUUGACUACCAAAAAAAGUAAACAAGGUUAACUUAUAGGGUCUGUAAUAGAGAUUUUUCAAUAUAUUGAAAUACUGUAUACAGAUACAGUUUACAGUAAGGUACUGUACGUACAGGUACUUGGUUAUAGUGCAUUUGAAAGGAUUUAUAGUUUCACUUUGGGUUCACAAGUAAAAGUAAAUUUAUUCUCAUUGUUGAACUUAUGAACAUGAAUUUAACCUAUUCUUGGUUUUCAACUAUUCCCAGGAGAGACAAUUGAACAAAAGACAUGACAGCCAUGCUGGUCGUCUUGAUAAAAGAAACCACAGUCACUGGUGGACAUUUUGUCCAUUUGUCUCUCCUGUGAAUAGUUGAAAGCCAAGAAUAUAUUAUUUUAUAUAGGCUACAAAUACAUUUGUACAAUUUUAGGAUUUUAUUGCAACCUUAGAUGAGGCCAUGGUAAAAAAACUAGCUAUAAGAAGCUUGCGAAGAGGGAUCGGUAGUAUGGACUACAUAGAAACAUUGCUCAUAAUGGAGGAUGAUCUUGAUGAGGAUGAAAAUUUUGGUGAGUUUGGUCAAGCAUCAACUGAGCAACCAACUGGUUCAGCAUUGGCAGACAGUGAAACAAAGAACAAAGGUCCUGCUCCUUCUGACACACGUAACCCAGAUCAGAUAGAUGAUUCAGCAUCAGGUUCUGUUCCAGAUUGGUGUGUUUGUGGCAGAUGUCAUCCCAUGACACAAGAUGUCGAGAAUAAAUGUUGCAAACUUAAAAAAUGCAUAACGCUUUCUUCCCGAUUCGCGAAAUUGUGUCUGGAUCCUGAUGUGAUAGAGUUGUGCAUAAGAAACACAGGGGAUAUAAGAAACGAUAGAGAAGAGAACAGCAGCAGAGCUUUUCGAAAAGCAGCCUAUAGGCAAUUUAUUCUUGCACGCCAUGGGCAUCUUGGUAAAGGAAACAGACGAGUCUGCCCUUCAUGUGUAGUAAUGAAAAUAAGGGAACGGUGGCCAUCCAUUACUGGAGUUUACAUGGGGUAUAGGGAAAACUAA